AUGUCUCUGACUAAGUCUGACAAAACUCUCAUUGCCACCAUUUGGAGCAAGAUCGCCACCCAGGCUGAUUCCAUUGGCACCGAGGCUUUGGAGAGGCUCUUCAUCAGCUAUCCCCAGACCAAGACCUACUUCCCCCACUUUGACUUGCACCAUGGCUCAGCCCAGCUGCAUGCCCAUGGCUCCAAGGUGGUCAGUGCUAUUGGGGAUGCUGUCAAGAACAUUGAAAACAUUCACAGUGCUCUGUCCAAGCUCAGUGAACUCCAUGCCUACAUCCUCAGAGUGGAUCCUGUCAACUUCAAGCUCCUAUCCCACUGCCUCCUGGUUACUGUUGCUGCCCACUUCCCUGCUGACUUCACCGCAGAAGCUCAUGCUGCCUGGGACAAAUUCUUGUCCAUUGUGAGCUCAGUCCUGACCGAGAAGUACAGAUGA